AUGGCGGACGUUCCUUUCAAUCGUGAUGUCUAUGAUCUUUGCUACCAGCGAUCCAGGCGACGAUUUGUCGGAUUGCUGGAUGAUGCCGAGGAACAACAGCGUGGAAAGGCCCGAUUAGAAAAGAUCAACAAUCUUCGCAGACUGCUCGAUCAUCUGAGCAGGGACCUUCGACGUGUCCUUGAGAGGAGAGAUGCUUUGAUUUUCUGUCUGCAUUUUCUCAACUGCGUCUACGACCCAUCAUCCAAUGAGUUGAGAACCCCUAUCAGCUCUCCUUCAGAUAACAAAGCCCUACCUCGGAAACGGCCGGACAGUAGUGACGAAGAAGUAGUUCUGAGAGCACGACUUGAGUCAGCCACUUCUUUUCAAUUCGCCAACAAGAUAAUGAUUGGAAGCUUGAAGCAAUUGGGUGAUGUUGUACGUCUGCAGCAGGUGGAAAACGCACGCUACCCUGAAGAGCCGCGUCUGUUCUUCCGAGCCCAUGGUCCCGAAUCCUAUACCUUCUAUGACAGUGACGUGGGGUUUUGCUGCCCGAGAUGGCUUCGAGAGCGGGAUUUCGACAAGCCUUCGGAACAGGACUUCUGGCAUCAUGUCAAUGGGAAAUGCGAACAAUUCGAGUCACCAUAUAUUUCCAUGAGUGAGAGCCCAUGGCGAAUUUUGAACUAUGUGCGAGCGAUAAACUCCGCGGAGGUUUUCAUCAUUGAUGCUAGACUAUUAUCGGCCACACGAAUACAGAAUGAACCAACAACGACGAUAGCAAAUCGACAUGGGUUCCAAUAUAGAGGGAACAGCUCCAAUAGGGCUAAUUAUAUCACCGACACCCAUUGGGUCGCGCGAUUUUGGAUUCCCGCCGACUGCAUCAUCAGGAAAAUGUCAUUCCUGAGGUUUCAAAAAGUGUGUAAGGCGAAGGGUAUUCUGAAAGGUACUUAUCAACCUAAUGCCUACGCUGCACAGUCUGCUGGCUGA